AUGUGCGGCCGCGAGCUCCCGCUCAUCCUGCUAGCGCUGGUCCUCUGCCGCGCGCCCCGGGGACAGGCGGCCCCCGUGCCGGCCGGCGGGGGCCCAGUGCUAGCCAAGAUGUACCCGCGCGGCAGCCACUGGGCAGUGGGACACUUAAUGGGGAAGAAGAGCACAGGAGAGUCCCCGUCUGUGGAUGAGGGCGAGAACCAGAAGCAGCUGCUAAGGGAGCACGUGAAGUGGAAAGAAGCCGCCAGGAAUUUGCUGAGGCUCAUGGAAGUGCAGGGGAACAGAAGCGGUCAGGCGCCUCCACGCGAGCCCCUGCGCCUUCGCCAGCCUACCUGGGAGUCACAGGACAGCAGCGACUUUAAAGACUUGGUGGACUCCCUGCUCCAGGCGUUCAACAUGAAGGAAGGCACCACAGCUAAACGGAUAAUGACAGCCUCUUACAAAGAAGUGAAACAGAACCCUUAA